AUGGAAAAGAACCACAAUAUAGCGUGUGCGCAACUCUGGUUUGUUAUCCUCAUUGCCUUCUCCUUGGUCUUCUUCAUUUCUCACGACACCAUUGAUUAUAACUCCGCUUUCACUGUCGAAAGGAACGGCAAGCUGGCCGUUUUCUUCACCAGCUUGUUCGACCCAAAUCCUCCUCUACUCACCGAAUCUCCCAGUGAGACCAAUGGAAGUGAUAGGGAUGUCAGUGGAGACACUUGCUCUGGCCGUUAUAUCUAUGUUCAUGAUCUUCCAAGUCGUUUCAACGAUGAUGUGAUCGAGAACUGUAGUUAUUCGCUGGUGAAAUGGUUCGACAUGUGCCAAUCUCUGACAAACCUUGGACUUGGCACUCAAGUCAGGGACCCUGGUAAGGUUUUAGUGGAGAAUAGCUGGUAUGCAACCAAUCAGUUCACUCUUGCAGUCAUUUUCCGUCACAGGAUGAAGGGCUAUGAGUGUUUAACCAAUGAUUCAUCGUUAGCCUCGGCAAUUUUUGUGCCGUUUUAUGCUGGUUUCGAUAUUGGCAGGCACUUAUGGGGUUAUAAUACUACUGCAAGGGAUGCUCUGGGUGUUGAGCUGGUGAGCUGGCUCAAAAACCAGCCUGAAUGGACGAAGAGAGGUUUAUGGGGAAGAGACCAUUUCUUAAUUUCAGGAAGAAUUGCUUGGGACCUUCGAAGAUCAGACGAUGAUGACUCACACUGGGGUGGCAAGCUGAUGCAGCUUCCCGAAUCAAUGAACAUGACAAUGCUUUCAAUCGAGACAACUUCGUGGAGCAAUGAGUUUGCAAUUCCAUACCCCACUUACUUCCAUCCUUCUGCAGCAAAACAAGUGCAGCAAUGGCAGAAAAGAAUGAAAAGACACAAAAGGCCAUACCUUUUCUCUUUCGUUGGGGCGCCACGAGCCAACAUGACAGAGUCCAUCCGCGGAGAGCUCAUAAAUCAGUGCUUGGGUUCAAGAAAGAAAUGCAAACUUCUUAAUUGUCACUCUGGCAGCCAAUGUGAUAGUCCGGUUGAGGUGAUGAGAGUUUUCCAGAACUCGGUGUUCUGUCUGCAGCCUGCAGGCGAUUCAUAUACUAGAAGGUCGACUUUCGAUUCUAUACUGGCAGGGUGUAUCCCUGUGUUCUUCCAUCCCUUUUCGGCUUAUGGCCAGUACAUAUGGCACCUACCAAGGAACUACUCAUCGUAUUCUGUUUACAUACCAGAAGAGAUGGUAAGAGAAGCGAGAGUCAGCAUCAGAAAGCGGCUGCUUCAAGUCCCAACGGCAGAAAUAGCGUCCAUGAGACAGGAAGUAAUAAAGUUGAUCCCAAAGGUGAUUUAUCGGGAUCCAAGAUCGAAAUUGAAGGACUUUGAAGAUGCAUUCGAUAUAGCAGUGAAGGGAAUGUUGGAAAGAGUUGGCAAGGUUAGUAGACAGAUUGAGGAAGGGAAAGAUCCAGGGAUUGGAUUUGCAGAACCAGGUAGCUGGAAGUUGAAAAUGGAUGGUAUUGGGAGAGAUCAUGAGUGGGAUUCAUUCUUGUAA